GUUCUCACGCCGAGCCCGAGCAGUUAAUGUCUUAAUCAACCCCAGCCAAGCAAAGAAUAGGCAGGCAGCAAGAGAAAGAGAUUCAGAUCCAUCCUCGCCUCCCUCGGUCCGUCCCCGGUUUGUUCUCCCACCAGCCCCAGAUCCAUCCGGCGAUCUCUGUCGCCGCCAUCGCCAGGAUAGGCCCCAGAAAACCCAGCCCAGUGGAAGGGGUGUGCGAGUAGGAGAAGGCCAGCAGAUAGGAUGUUCCUGUGGGACUGGUUCUACGGGGUGCUGGCCUCCCUUGGCCUGUGGCAGAAGGAGGCCAAGAUCCUCUUCCUCGGCCUCGACAACGCCGGCAAGACCACUCUCCUCCACAUGCUCAAGGACGAGCGGCUGGUGCAGCACCAGCCGACGCAGCACCCCACGUCCGAGGAGCUCAGCAUCGGCAAGAUCAAGUUCAAAGCCUUCGACCUCGGCGGCCACCAGAUCGCUCGACGGGUCUGGAAGGACUACUACGCAAAGGUUGAUGCUGUAGUAUACUUGGUAGAUGCAUAUGACAAGGAGCGGUUUACUGAAUCGAAAAAGGAGCUUGAUGCUCUCCUUUCUGAUGAUUCCUUGGCAAAUGUCCCAUUUCUCAUCCUUGGCAAUAAGAUUGACAUUCCAUAUGCAUCAUCUGAAGAAGAGCUGCGGUAUCACCUAGGCCUUAGCAACUUCACAACUGGGAAGGGCAAGGUGAAUCUUGUUGACUCCAAUGUCCGGCCUCUUGAGGUGUUCAUGUGCAGCGUUGUCCGCAAGAUGGGCUAUGGCGACGGGUUUAAGUGGGUCUCCCAGUACAUCAAGUAGGGCUCACAGACGUCAAAUUUUCUUGUCAUCGGUUGGUUGUUUGUCACGACAGCAAAUGAUAUCAUGAUGGUAUCAGAGAAACAAUCUUAACAUUGGGCGCUGUGCUGAAUCUUCAAACCAUUUGUUAUUUCGAGCUGCUAAAGUUAUUUUGCUUUUCCAUAGGACUUUACCAAGGACUUCGAUUAUGAAUUAUAAGGUUAUUUCUUAAA